UUUGUGUGUUGUUUUUGUUUGUUUGUUUGUUUUGUUUUGGCCUGGAUGACACAAGCUUCUGACCAUAAUUUAGAUGGCAAAGGAGGGCUCGUAAAAGUAUUUCAGUCAUUUUCUGCUGAUUCACUUUUGAACGUCUUGGGCUGCUGGGGUGGUGGAGGGCUGUCAGGAGCAGCUUGCCGGCUCAGCACUUUCUGGAGCCUCACUUGCUCACCAAUGAGGAAGUUGAAAGCAACCAGGAGAAAGACAGGCACUGGGGCGGAGCUGUGGUGAAGUCCUGGGCUGGGAUGACUGGGGCCGGCUGACUUUCCUUACGACAAAAAGCCUUUUGUCCACGGAAAUAAAUACGGAAGUCCCAGAGGAGCAGCCUCCCAGCCCGCGAGUAGUAAGGUGCGCAGCCCAGGCAGCUUCUGGGCAUAGAGCUCCGCGGACUUUUUACAGUGGCCCUGGGCGCACCGUGGCCGCACAGACCGGAAGGGGAGCACAGUGACCGACCUGAAAGAGACCAAGUGUGCUGCUGGGUGGCCGAGGAGCCGGCCGCCGGGUCCUGUUGCUCCUGUCCUGUAAGUUAAGAGCUGAUGGAGUGGAUACACUGAGAGCAGGGGCAGGUAACAGAAGUCGGGACUGCCAUCGAGGGCGCUGCUGUGAGGCAUGGAGGACGUCGGUGACCCUGUGAAUGGCAGUGAUGUCUCGCAACCAGACAAGUCUGAAGCAGGACCCGAAAUGGCCCAGUCGAUCCUGAGCAAGUUCUCUAUGAAAUCCUUCUUUGGGUUUGCGAGUAAAUUGGAAUCUGUGAAGCCCGAAGAGGAAGAUGUGGUGCUGCAAGCAUUCCACCCUUUAGUGGUGGAUCCCACGCGUGGGCUGGAUGGUCCCAGCCAGGGCUCGGAUGAGCAGGAGGCAGGGGCUCAGGUUGCACCGGGCCUCGGAGGAGAUGAUGGGAAGACUGCGAGGGAGGAGGCAGGGAGGGAGUCGGAGGGAGGUCAGGGAAAAGCAGAGGCAGGGACUUCUCUCCCUGGUCAAGAGCUUCUUCCACUCACUGCUCUGAGUGUGAGCAGAGACGAUGCCAUCUUGGUUCGCGGGACCCUGGUGACCACCACCAGUGAUUCGGACUCUGAUGAUGGUGGCCAGGAGCCAGAAGAGGGAAGCAACACCAAUGGCCCAAAGUCCCCAAGUGUUGUUUUAUCCGAGCCACCUGAGGAGCCCAAAGAAAAGCCAGGAGACUGUAGCGAGAACACUGCCGCUGGGGAGAGGGAUGCUGCAGAGCUCGGAGAGGAAGGUCCCCAGGGGGCUCCCCCUGAGACACGUAGUGAACCAGAACCUGGUGAAGGUGGUCUUCAGACGGAGCACAGCCCCAGUCAAGGACAGGCUGGGGAAGAAUGUUCCCAAGUUCUACCUGUGGGAACACAGAGCUUGAGUGCUGGUGUCACCGAGAACACCUCUUCUAAAAAAGAAGCCCCUGGAGAGAAGUCAUUCCAGCUACCAGCUUUCUUCAGUGGGCUCCGCGUGCUGAAGAAGGGGUCUCCCGCUGAGGGUGGGGAGACCAUCACCGAAAUUAAACCAAAGGAUGGGGACCUGGCUCUGCUCAAAUUGACCCAGCCCGUUCAGAAGUCCCUAGCACAGACAGGGCCUCCGACAGGGAAGACUGGGGAGAAAGCCAGUGACCUGAAGGCCCCUCCCACUCUCCUGGAGCAGCUCUCCCAGCUCCUCAGCAUCGACAUGCCCAGGGCCGAAGUGAAGGCAGAAGACCCUGAGCUGCCCCGGGGAGGAGAGAUGGGCUGCAGCGCUGCCCAGGAGAGCCAGGGCGGCCCAGCAGAAGCCCAAACCCCAAGUGGAGAGGUCAAACCGAAGCCACCAGAAACCGCCCUGGAGGCCUUUAAAGCCUUGUUCAUCCGUCCCCCCAAAAAGGGGACCACAGCUGACACCUCUGAGCUGGAAGCUCUCAAGCGCAAGAUGAGGCAUGAAAAGGAGUCCCUAAGAGCUGUGUUUGAACGGUCCAAGGCAAGGCCAGCAGACGGCCCCUCGGAUUCCAAAAGCCCUGAACACAGCCCCACUGAGCAGGACGAUAGGACUCCUGGCAGACUCCAAGCUGUCUGGCCACCCCCAAAGACAAAGGACGCAGAAGAAAAAGUGGGAUUGAAGUACACUGAAGCAGAAUACCAAGCUGCUAUUUUACACUUGAAGAGGGAGCACAAAGAAGAAAUUGAAAACCUACAGGUUCAGUUUGAACUUCAGGCCUUUCACAUCCGGGGUGAGCAUGCAGUGAUAACAGCAAGACUAGAAGAAACCAUCGAAAACCUCAAACAUGAGAUAGAGCACCGAUGGCGCGGAGGAUCUGAAGAGAUGAGAGAUGUGUGUAUCUCCACCAACGACGACUGCCCUCCCAAGACCUACAGAAAUGUGUGCAUCCAGACAGACAGAGAGACUUUCCUCAAACCCUGCGAAGGGGAAGGCAAGACAACCAGAAGUAACCAAAUAAUACCCAAAAAGCUGAACAUCUCCUCUUUAAGCCAACUCUCCCCCCCAAAUGACAACAAAGACAUCCUUGCACCACUUCAGUCUGUGGAAUGCAUCUCACCGAGCCAGGAGAAGGCAUCGCCUCUCCCCCCAGCACCACCCCCACCAGCAGUCAUCCCUCCCCCUCCACCCCUACCACCUGGGCUUGGACCUUUGCCACCAGCACCUCUGCCACCACCUGUGAGUGCAGGGCCACCACCACCUCCGCCACCUCCUCUGCCUCCAAGCACUGGACCUCCCCUGCCUCCUCCCCCACCACCACUUCCUAGCUCACCCCUUCUGCCCAGCAGUGGGGGGCCUCCUCCUGCUCCAGCACUCCCAGGACUUGUGCCCCCACCUCCUCCUGGCCUCUUCUUUGGAGUCGGCCCUUCUUCUAGCCAAUGUCCUCGGAAGCCAGCCAUUGAGCCCAGUUGUCCCAUGAAGCCUCUGUACUGGACUAGAAUACAAAUAAGUGAUAAGAGCCAAAGUGCUACACCAACCUUAUGGGACUCCUUAGAAGAACCUGAUAUUCGGGAUCCUAGUGAAUUUGAGUAUUUAUUCUCCAAAGACACAACUCAGCAGAAGAAAAAACCACUGUCAGAGACCUAUGAGAAAAAAAACAAGGUCAAAAAGAUCAUCAAGUUAUUGGAUGGAAAACGAUCUCAAACUGUGGGAAUCUUGAUAUCUAGUUUGCAUUUAGAAAUGAAGGAUAUCCAGCAGGCCAUUUUCAACGUGGAUGACUCUGUGGUUGAUCUGGAGACCCUGGCGGCUUUAUAUGAAAAUAGAGCCCAAGAGGAUGAAUUGGUUAAAAUAAGGAAGUAUUAUGAGACAUCCAAAGAAGAAGAAUUGAAGCUGCUGGAUAAACCUGAGCAAUUUUUACGUGAAUUAGCCCAGAUCCCUAAUUUUGCUGAGCGUGCCCAGUGUAUCAUCUUCAGGUCUGUCUUUUCCGAAGGCAUCACCUCCUUGCAUCGAAAGGUAGAGAUCAUCACACGAGCUUCUAAGGGCUUGCUGCAAAUGAAGAGUGUGAAGGAUAUUUUAGCUCUCAUUCUGGCUUUUGGAAAUUAUAUGAAUGGAGGAAAUAGGACUCGGGGACAAGCAGAUGGAUACAGCUUAGAAAUUCUGCCCAAACUCAAGGAUGUCAAAAGUCGGGAUAAUGGGAUUAAUCUGGUGGACUAUGUCGUGAAAUACUACCUGCGUUACUAUGAUCAGGAAGCAGGAACAGAAAAGAGCAUUUUCCCCCUGCCUGAACCACAAGAUUUCUUUCUGGCUUCCCAAGUCAAGUUUGAAGACCUCAUCAAAGACUUGAGAAAACUGAAGAGGCAACUGGAAGCAAGUGAGAAACAGAUGGCAGUGGUGUGCAAGGAGUCUCCAAAGCAGUACCUCCAGCCUUUCAAGGACAAACUAGAGGAGUUCUUCCAGAAAGCCAAAAAAGAGCAUAAAAUGGAAGAAAGUCACCUGGAGAAUGCACAGAAAAGUUUUGAAACGACAGUGGGAUAUUUUGGGAUGAAGCCAAAGUCUGGUGAGAAAGAGAUCACUCCAAACUACGUGUUUAUGGUGUGGUACGAGUUCUGCAGUGACUUCAAGACGAUUUGGAAACGGGAAAGUAAAAACAUAUCUAAAGAAAGAUUGAAAAUGGCUCAGGAAUCAGUCAGCAAGUUGACAUCAGAGAAGAAAGUGGAGACAAAGAAAAUCAAUCCCACGGCCAGUCUGAAAGAAAGACUACGUCAAAAGGAAGCCAGUGUGACCACCAACUAAAAAGGAGACACUGAAGAUGACAGCAAGACUGAGUACCUUGCUUAUCCUUUGCAACACCAGCACUGCAGGAAGUUCUUGAAAGACAUGUCGCUAAAUGUUGCUUUUGCUCAUGGCUUUGUGAGGUCAUCUGCAGUGAGAACUCGUGCCUUCCCAAAGAAGUCCCUGGUUAAGCCACAGAACCAAUGACAAGCUGUGUAAGGGAACAUUGCAGGAGUAUUUGAUGAUUGUUUCUGUAGAGGCCCAAAGUUCACUUUGUUAUAAGACCAGAAGAAAGCCCCAAGAUUUUCCAAACAUUUUUAAAAGCAAAGAUUCCAAGCUUCCUGACCCACUCUUGAUAUAUGUAAAUUUGUGACCAAAGAAGAGAGGGCUCUUACGACAGUUGCCUUGAGAGAGUUCAAGCCUUUACACACUGCUGGUUUGACUGUUGAUCUUAAUUUCGAUCCCAUUGCAUCAAGAUCCUGAAGUGUCUUUCUCGCCAAAAAUGUUAACAUUUACCCAAACUAUUUUUAAAGAGGUCCAAGACUAUGUAUUUCCCAGAGGAGAAAAAUGGUUAUCUUAUUGUUGUUCAUGUUAUGGAAAGGAGAGGAAAUGGGAUUAUACAUGGUGGAGAAGGGGUUAAAUAACCGUAAACUUCAUAAACCUGGAGAACAAAUUAUGAUACAGGGAGUUCACAUCAGCCAUUAAGCAAUUAAUUGCGGUUUCCUGGAUCAGCAGAGAGUCUCUCCAUCCCAAAUUCCGGAAGAAACAGUGAUACCUGAGCACGGAGACACUUGGGGUCAAAGCAGUUGCUUGGACAAGUGACCCAGUAACAGAGCACAUUUCAUGUUUCAGAACAUUCGUGAAUGGGCAAUGUCUUGAUGAUGUGCACCUGAGCUCUACGUCAUGUUCUGGGACUGUGUGCGGCCAGACCUGUCCCACCAGCCCUAGGAGGCAGUUUCCAGACAGGACUGCAAAUGUUACUUGCCGCCUUUUGUGAUGACCUUGACCCUUGACAGACAGGCAUGUGACAGAGGUCUUUGGUGUCUGAAAAAUUAAGUUCAGAAAAGUUCUUCACAUGCAAAUGCAAAGAAGGUGUUCACAUUAAUGGAAUGCCAUGUACAUGCAGCUUUUUCGGACCCUGGGAGUCACUGCCCCUUGAGUCACAAGAGAAAGGAAUCUACCUUGUGAGUAGAGAAAAGAGGGGCCUGGGGUGAAUUGAUAAUAGGAUCAGAGACUAUCAGGUUUGGGCCUUGAAGGGAGAGAGGUCAAAGCUUUCUCCUCCAAAUGGUGGAGCAACAACCUUAAAACCCUUCCCAAUCCAGCUGCGGUGUGUGGCCUGACCCUUGUCCCAGGAUCUUCCCAGAACCUCUCAACUUCCAGGUGGCUGACUGUUUACCCAGGACAUGCCUGCCAGGUAUCAACCCCCUCAGGGACCCAUAACAGAUCCAGCUUAUUGAAGUGGCACCAUAUCCUAAUAUAAUGCCCGUCUUGGGAAUCAAGAAUGUACAGUCAAGAUCCAAUCAAGUCUCUGAAGCCAUAUUCAUGCAGGUGCUAACCACCUUUUCAAAAGAAAGGAAUAUGGUAGCAUAGUUGGGUUGUUGUUGUUUUUCCAGUUCAAAAUAAAAGGAUGAGACAAGCAAAAUAGGAAAGCUGGUAAGAAACUUACAUGACUAAAAGAAGUUGCUUGUGAGCAAGAAGCUUUUUAGACUAGUUGGUUUUCUUAUAUUGUUUCUUCCUUUUCACUUAACUGUGAAGAAAACCGAAGGAAUUCAUCAAUUGAAAACAAAUUCCGCUUACAGCCAUCCUGGGCUCUGUGACAUGCCUUUUGGUAUUAUCGUGCAAAAAAAAAAAAAAGUGCCUGUUUUGCCCAUGCCUUGGGAAUCAGCUUUGAGUUCAGUAAGACCAACAUAUGUUUGGAAACGUGUGUGUCCUUAGAGAACUGAUGGGAGACAGCUGCCAGUGGCUUUCAGUGGAGUCGCCAUCCUCCACUGUAAGUCUUGAAGCUGGUGCUCAUAGGAAAAUCGCUGAAGAUAAGCAGGACUGUCACUUUGGCCACAUAACCCAGCAGGAACAUGCUCUCAGGGAACCAACAGGGAGGAAUAACGAGUGGGGACUUUUAAUUUGCGAGUUAGACAAAUGCAGCCCGAGGUGGGUUUUAUCCUCAGGGAGAGACUAGAAAUUGGCAGUAAAAUACCUCUUUCUAAAGAGCAGAGUCUGCCUGCCGAUGUUGGGGAAACAGUGAUUUUUCUAAGAUUAGUCAAAGGUAAUAUGUUAGUACAUUAAGACACCAGGGCAGGAUCUCCAUCAUUUUCACUCAGUUUGAAUCCUGCAGUAUGUAUCUGGAUACCCGCUCCCCAAUCCACACACACGCUGCACUGUUAACAUCACCUUCAUUUCUAACUUACGUUGAUCAUCAGUCAAGGUUCACAAGAGUUGUUCAAGGUAGGCCAUCUAAAACAGCCUGGAGGCCUUAAAAUGUUCCCUCUAAAAUGCAGUUGAGAUUGUGUUUAAACAGCAGGUGUCUCUAAAACUUCUUGUGGAGAGGAAGUAGUUGGAGUACCACUGGAGCUUGAGCAUUUCGGGCAACCAAGACUUAAGUGGCUGUUCUAAGCACAGCCCUCCCCUAACAAGAGGGAGAGUGGCCAGCACUGCUAUUCUGCUUAACCAGACACUCACAUUGGGCUUCCCAGUCAGACUCUGGGAAAUCUUAGCUUGUGAGCAUCAUCUUCUCUUCUAGCCAAGAUUCAUUACAUCAGGGCACAGCUGAUAGCAGUUCAGAUUCUUGCAUGAGUAACUGGCAUCAUCCCUCAAGCACACGAGUAUAUCAUAUAUUAAACCAGAGCAUGAUGUAACUAUCUUAGGUAGAAAUAAGAAAAAA